UAAAAUCGGACAAAUUUGGUAAGCAAACAAACCUAAGUGAAAUAACUGACAGGAAGGAAGCACGAGAUGCAGCGGACUCCAUUUCCAGCAAGAUGCAGUUAGGGAAGAUGCAUGUGCUCUAACCAUGGUUAACUGUUGGUGUGUAGUAGUAGGCCGCCAGGCCGGGUAGUUCACCAUCUUUUCUAGGUCUCUUCUGAGUUGUAACCAUAGUUUGCUAUAGCCUGCUAGUAGGUAGGUAGGUAGGUAAUUGCAGUGAAAUCCUGUACUAGACGGUAGUAAGUCUUCCUCGAACCUAACCACGGUUAACUUGGUGGUCUAACGUGGUUUGUAACUUCGUGUAAGCUGUACUUUGCUCCCCCAAGGAUACUGGUAGUUUGCAGCUUAACUGUCCGGACAGGAAUGCUAGUGUUGCACACACACACACGAAAAAAGGAAUACCAGAACUGCUGACGGGGGUGUGAUUCUCUCAGAUGGUGAAAUGCCUCCCAGAGAAGAGGUGGUGUGUUCCGCCCAGAUAGAUCUAGUGUGCAGCUCUAGUGUAAACAAGUUGCCCUUGGAACAUAGCUCGUAAUCUGUUAACUUUUCUAGUGCAGUUAGUUGUAGUAUAAUCAGAACGACUAUUCAGCCCGUAGCUUAGCAUGACCUACUUAUUCCACCCAUGCUAACCUACUUAUUCCACCCAUGUUCUGGGAGACAACCCACAUUCCAGUCGUGCUUGAGUGAAGAGAGCUGAAAACAGGACUCGACAGUGAAUAGUCAUGGCCGGCAUGUCGUACUCGUUUGUGAAAGAAGGUGCAUGGUAGUUUGUGUGGAUGUUCCCAAAAGUGUUGAAAAGCGAUUUUAGCCAGGGGAUGGUGAGUAGUUUGUACUCGUCGACGGAAGGUGGACCGUAGAUUUGCCGCAAGCUGGUUAUCGUUGCUUCUCUCCCAUACGUAGCAUCUGGAGGCUGGUUUUCGCCGGAAAUCAGCUUUUGCAGACCUCCCUGUGCUUCAAUAGCAGGAUAAAUAACAGGCCCCGAGAGGGAUAACGGUGAGCUGUCGUAAGUAGUUUGUGAUUUUUGAAAAGAGUUGCACGUGGGCUUUCGCCAGUUCUCCAAACUCGACCGCAACAAUGAGGAACCCGAGGCAGAUAGCGAUUGUGUCAGCGGUGCAUGCGGCCAUGCUUGCAAUCAUCUUGGCAAUGAGAUGGAUGAACAAUGCGAUAUCGUUCUUACGCGGGUGUGUGGUGGGGGGUGUGCAGUGUGUCCACCCGACGACAAUCUUGCUGCAGACUGCAGCAGCGAUUGAGCAGCAAGCGCGCGUGGCGAGAAAUGCCGCAGCGAUGGCAAGCUUCCGCCUUCUGCGUGCUGUGCAUGUCAGCAGACAAGACAGUGGACAUUUUGAGAACGUCGUGUUGAAUCACGGGCCAAGAGAUGCGCGUUUCCGGAAGCAUUUCCGAAUGAACCGAGCGGUGUUCGGAAAGAUCCUGGCUCGCAUCCUGCCGCACUUGCAGAGACAAGUGACGAACUGGAGGGAGCCGAUCGACCCUGCAAAGCUGUUUGCACUCGCGUUGACCCGCUUCGGGCAUGGCCAUACGUAUUUUAAGAUAGCGGAGCAGUUUGGCGUCGGGCAAUCGACCUGCAUAAGCGCUGUGCAUGUCGUGACCAAAGCGCUUCGCCGCGAAUACAGCGAUGCAAUCAGCUUCCCAACUUCCCCAGAGCAGCUUUCGGCUGUAAUGCAGCCAUUCGCACAGCAAGGCUUCAUCAACUGCACUGGGUCUGUCGACUGCACGCAUGUUCGGAUACAGCGGCCAAAGAGGGAGGAGGCGGAUGCAACCGCCUAUUCUGAUAAGAAAAGUGUGUACAGCGUCAUCGUACAAGCAGUUUGUGACAGCAAUUUACGUUUCUUGGACAUCGAUGCAGGGGCGCCGGGCAGCCUUCCUGACGCCAGCGUCAUGGAGAGUUCUUCCCUGUAUGAGCGUGCGCACGUGCAGCGGAGCAUCUUGUCUGGACCACCAGCUCUCCUAAACGGCGGACAAGAUUCUGUGCGGCAGUACUUGAUUGCAGACGGGGGUUAUCGACUUCUCCCAUGGCUGGUCACACCGUUCCCUCGUUCUCCGCAGCUUUCCAUCGAGCAAGAACGCUUCAAUCGCCGUCUUGCAAGUUCUGUGAGGUGUACGGAAAACGCUUUCAAGCGGUUGAAAGGCAUGUGGCAAAUCCUUCAUAAACCUUUCAAAGCAAAUCUCAAGGUCCUACACAAGCAGAUCCGGGCAAUCUGCAUCCUGCACAACAUCCUCAUCGAUGAACAUAUUCCGUUCAGGGAAAAGGACGAGGUGGAUAUCACUGAGGAGAUGUAUGAAACAGUAGCAGCCGGGACGGAGCAGGAUGAUGAGGUUGGGUCUUCAGUCCGCGCCGCUCUUGUAAGACAUAUAAAUAGUAUGUGAGUUAUCUAACAACUCAGUUAUUGUCAUUGGUCUUGUCCAACUGAAGGCCUAGGCAGAUGCUUCAAUAUGGGGCCUUAGGUUGUGCUCCCCUUUGGGCAUUCAGACUCUAGAUGAUUGAUCCAAAGCGACUUGUGCAUAAGAAAAUCAGGGUAGACGCUGCCAGUUUCCACUGGGACUGUUUCUGUGGGCCCCAUUCCAUGGUGGCAGUUUCCACUGGGCCCAUUCAUUGGAGCCAAUUUCCACUGGCGGGCCCAUUCAUCAGCGCCAGUUUCCUGUAGCGGCUUGUUUUUCUGCUGGGCCCAUUUCUUCUGGACCAAUUACCACUGGUGGGCACAUUCAUUCGGGCAAUUUUCUAUUCUGGUGGGCCCAUUUCCGUUGAGCCAAUUUGCACUGGUGUGCCCAUUCGUUGGCGGCAGUUUCCUCUGUGAGCCCAUUUCUGUUGGGCCUAUUUACACAGGUGGACCUAUUCACUGGGGCCAGUUUCCUCUGGGGUCCCCAUUUCUGUUGGGCCAAUUUUCACUGGUGGGCCUAUUUAUUGGGGCCAGUUUCCUCUGGGCCCAUUUUUGCUGGGCCCGUUCAUUUACGC